CCGGUAUUCGCAUCGCAAUUCAGUCACAAUCAACGAUGGCAUUUCAAAUACCAAAGCGUACCAUUCCGCAAUGCUCGGCCUGCAUCCAGAAUCACAUACGAAACAUAAUUGGCGAUGUAUCCGGCCCGGUCUCAAGUCUGCGGCAGCAGAUUAGGGGCAAGAAAAAGAUGGUCAACAACACAGGCACUUCAAUUGUGCAGCUUUUGAAGGAUAAGCCGGAAUAUGGUCGCAAAGGUUCAUUCGUCCCAAUUCCGACAGGAUUGAUGCGCAAUAAGUGGUUUCCCGAGCGCAUAGCAGAAUAUGUUUCGAAACAGGAGCUAAAAGCUUUGAAACUCAACAACAUCUCCACUGAGAGGGACCUCGACUUCGGUAUCACAGAAGAGAUGCGCGCCGCAAGAAGAGCGGCGGAGGGAGGUGACGAGAUGGAGGAGCUAGUGACCGAAGAGGAGAUAAAAACAGAACCUAGGCCUAGGCCCGUGGGCGACAUUGAACUGUCGCCGGAGAGGAGUCGCGAACUCAUUGAGAUCUUCAUACCCAAACGUCUCGAAUUCCCUCGCACGGCUAUAGCAGGCAACAGACCGGAAGACCAGCGCUCAGCAUUCAGCGCUGGCGCCGAGCUUCUCGCAGCAAGAACUGGUGGAGUGGGCGUCAACGAUAAGCUCGCGCCAAUCUAUGGCUCUGUCACUCUUCAUGAUGUUGCAGUAGUUAUGCGCGCUGCUAUGGACACCAAUGAUGAAGCCAGAAGAGUCGUCAUUAACCAGGAUGAUCUUACAUUCAUUGAUCUUCCAGCCUCGAGCGAAGCUGAUGCGGACAGAAUUAAAAAUAUCGGCGAUUUCGUGGUCGAACUCAAGCUCAAGAAUAUGACCGAGCCCGUCGUUAGGACGAUCAGAGUUGUUCCCAAGAGCUUCUGAGCGAUGCACAAUAGUUCCCAUGUACCAUACUUUCAUUGUACAAACAGCGGUUUCGAUACCAUUGCCUCCAAGGCCAUUACCUGUCCUCAGGCGAUCAGAUGGCAAAACGCGUAGUAGCAUUCACGACCAGCAAAUUCUUCCACGCUCUGAUUGACGUUUCCUAAUCGGUUCAUUUAUUUUACAUUGUACCAAGUCGAAUUUCUAUUUAAAUGAUACACACGA